AAUUACUCGGAAACCAGGGAUAGGGUAGUGUUACUGUCGUGGUUAGCGUCGUAUUCCAGCAAUUACAAAUUUUCGAUCUUAUCCAGGAAAACGUUAUCCCCGGACCUUGCAGAUUCGUAGUUUCAAUUCAAGAGCGCCUUACUCCGUCGUCCCCCGAUUGGUGACCUUCGCAAAUUGGCCGGAAGGUCCAUCCGAUAAUCCCUUGUCGUUCCUUAUCUCAUCAUGGCCUGGUAGCGAUAUCAUUUCACUAUUGUGAUUGCGCUGAUGAGCUAUUGCAACUGUAAUAGACUUUUGUGAUUUUAUCUACUCUCCUACAGUACAAGUCCUGCUGAUUACUGAUACCUUCGCUCAGGUUGUGUGAGAAUGGGUAUUCGAGGACGUAGUGCUGGUGAUCGUCUGAGGACAAUUUGGACACCAGAAAUGGAUCGAUAUUUCAUUGAACUCAUGCUAGAGGAGGUUGGCAGGGGGAAUAAGGUGGAUGAUCAUUUAUUCAGCAAAGAGGCGUGGACAGAAAUGAUGUCAUUGUUCAAUGCCAAAUUCAAAUUCCAGUACGAGAAAGAUGUUUUGAAGAAUCGCCACAAAACACUAAGAAAUCUCCACAAGGCUGUAAAAUAUCUUCUUGACCAGAAGGGAUUCAGCUGGGAUGAAACACGACAAAUGGUGACAGCUGAUAAUAAAGUUUGGGAUGAUUACAUCAAGGUACACCCUGAUGCACGAUCAUACAGGAUCAAAACCAUCCCAUACUACAAUGAUUUGUGUGUGAUAUAUAGAAAAGCAACCGUUGAAGGAAAAGCUAGCACUUCUAGCCAUGAUGCUAAGAUUGACAGAGAUAUACCAAAAUCGGAAACUGGUAGAUUAUCAAAAGGUUCAGAAUCUCCUGCUACUACAAUUGAUGAUGCGAAGCCAGUGGACAAUUUGUUGCAAAUGUCCUCACAUUCGGGUGGUGACACAAAGACAGGAGUAACUCUUCCAAGUAGUGUUGGUGAGGGAGCUGUGGACGCUCUUCAUGAAAUCAUGAUUGAUGAAGACUAUGCUGCUUCAAUGUCAAAGGAGAAUGAGAAUGUGACACCUCAACCAAUAGCAGAUUCUGGCUCCAGCAAGAUAGGUACUCGUUCAAGGACUUAUUGGCAACCACCAAUGGACCGUUAUUUCAUUGACCUUAUGCUAGAUGAAGUGCAGAAGGGGAAUCAAAUUGAUGGUCAAUUUCACAAACAAGCGUGGAUGGAGAUGCUUGUCUCGUUUAAUGCCAAAUUUGGCUUUAAUUAUGACAUUGAUAUAUUGAAAAAUCGAUACAAAACUUUGAGGAGGCAGUAUAAGGUUAUAAAGAAUAUUCUUGACUUGGACGGAUUUUCGUGGGAUGAAACAAGACAAAUGGUGACGGCUGAUGAUUCUGUUUGGCAACAUUAUAUUAAGGCACAUACAGAUGCACGGCAAUACAUGACCCGACCAAUGCCUUACUACAAAGAUUUGUGUGUUAUAUCUAGAGAAUUGAAUCCUGGUGAUGGAAGAGACUGUCUCUCUGGUCAUAAUUUAGGCCAACAAGCUGACGUCCCAGAAACCAAGGUUGGUAGAUCACUUAAGGGUUUGCGAUCUCCAGCCACAUCAGUUUCUAGUGAACAUCAAGUGGGCGAUGCACAGGAUUCCUCGCGUGUGGCUGAUCAAGUGAACAAGCGUCAUUUUGAAAUUUCGCCAUAUUCUGCACAAUCUAAAAAGUCAAGGCGCCCUGAUGAGGGCAUGGCUAGUGCUAUUCGUGAGAUGGCAACAGCAGUCUCUUCGUUGGCAGAUAAGAAAAAGGGUGAUGAUGACUCCAACUCUGUUUCGGUAGAGAUUGUGGUAGAAGCCAUUCAGGCCUUACCUGACAUGGAUGAAGACCUUGUUUUGGACGCGUGUGAUUUGUUAGAGGAUGAAAAGAAAGCGAAAACAUUUUUGGCAUUGGAUUUUAAACUGAGAAAGAAGUGGCUGAUUAGGAAGCUUCGCCCAUAGCAGUCAUAGAGUUUUUAACCUUCUAUUCUCUGGCCUUUGCCAAAUAUGGUAAAAGUUGUUUGUUAAUAUCCUAGGAACUACGUAGUCUCUCUCUUCUGUUCUCCUUCUUUGCGUUUUGUUCUUGAACUCUGAGAAUACUCCGAGAGGCUAUAACCCCACCCCACUAGGAGAGUAUCAACAGAAAGAAAAGAAACUAAAUUAGCAGGUGGGUAAGUAACUCAGGAAGGAAAUAGUCUUGAUCUCUGAUGGUUGUCCUAUAGCAUUUUCUUUUCUUAAUAGAAUGAACUGGAUUUUCUCUUCA